AUGGAUGAGCCAGGAAUGAGCCUUCUGGAUCAGUCUGUGAUCAAAAAAGGUCAGAGCCAGGUCGGGAGGCUGGCUGAAGGAGGGACUGGAAUUUCCCGGAGUUGGUUUCUCUCAAAGGACUGUAGCUUCCACAACCGGGUCCUAGAUGUGCGACGGUAUCCUGAAAGGUUGCCCCAAGAACAUAAAUGCAGGCCUGGCUGCUACAGCGCGCUGGUUCCGGGCGAAAGUGGCGCUGGUGCAGCGCGGGGCGUCCCGGCGGCGCGGGCGCGCACACCCUCCCCACCGCAGCGUCACCUCGUCGGCGGCCAAGCGGAGCACCUGCUCGCGGAGCUGGGAACUGCGCUCCGAGCCCUCUCACGGGACGUCGAGUUACAGCCCGGAGCGCUGCAGCCAAGAGUCCCCAUCCCCUCCAAAGCCAGCAGCCUCUCGGCCCUCACGCUGGCCAAAGACAGCCUGGUUGGUGGCAUCACGAACCCCAGUGAGGUCUUCUGCUCCGUGCCAGGCCGGCUCUCACUGCUCAGCUCAACGUCCAAGUACAAGGUGACGGUGGGGGAGGUCCAGCGGCGACUCUCGCCUCCCGAGUGCCUCAAUGCCUCCCUCCUGGGUGGCGUCCUUCGCAGGGCUAAGUCCAAGAAUGGGGGCCGGUGCCUGCGGGAACGCCUGGAGAAGAUCGGGCUCAACCUGCCAGCUGGUCGCCGCAAGGCUGCCAACGUGACCCUGCUGACCUCUCUGGUGGAGGGAGAGGCCGUGCACCUGGCUCGAGACUUUGGCUACGUCUGUGAGACUGAGUUCCCCGCCAAGGCAGCUGCGGAGUACCUGUGCCGACGGCACGCUGACCCUGGGGGGCUGCACAGCCGCAAGAGCAUGCUGCUGGCUGCCAAGCAGAUCUGCAAGGAAUUUGUGGACUUGAUGGCUCAGGACCGUUCACCGUUGGGCAACAGCCGGCCUGCACUUAUCCUGGACCCAGGGGUGCAGAGUUGCCUGACACACUUCAGCCUUAUCACCCACGGCUUCGGUGGGCCUGCCAUCUGCGCUGCCCUCACUGCCUUCCAGAACUACUUGCUGGAGUCACUCAAGGGGCUCGACAAGAUGUUUCUAAGCAAUGCAGGCAGCGGGCAUGGUGACACCAAGGCUUCAGAGAAGGAUGCCAAGCAUCGGAAAUAAUGCUUCCCCACCGCACGCCUAAGAGGCUCCCGUGGCCUGAAAUUAGGUCUCAGCCCCGGGGGGUGCACAUGAAAAGAUUAAAAGGUGGGGUUGGAGUCAGGCCACACACAGGUGUUUGUCUAAAAAGCCCAAGCGAGGCAUCUGGUUUGCGGAUAAGGUUGCAGGGCUUGCCUCACGUGUGCAGUUUCCUGGCCUUUGGAAUAGGAAAGGGCUUGGGCAGGGAAAGGCCCUGGAAGAGCCUGGCUUUGGAGUAGAGUCCCACACCUUAAGGUGUCUGGGCAGCAGUGGGUGCUCCUGGGGUCAAGGCCCUGCUGUUUCUCCUGAUGGCGGGAGGGCUAUUGACAACAGAUCAGAGGUGCUACUGAGGAGUUGGCUCCGCUCCCCGCAGAAUCUCCUACCCCCCAGAAAAGGGGCACUGGCAGGAGGCCCCAGUGGGCUCUUUGGACUUCUCCCACUUUUGGAAAGUGGGCAGGAGGGACCCUCAAGAAACUGAGAAGAUGAAGCACAAAUUGCAGAACUUGAAUUCAGGCUGCACUUCACUGUCCUGUUGCUGUCUGUUCUAUUUAUUUAUAUAUAUUGUAAUUAAAUUUAAAGUUUAAAUAUGUCCAGUGCAACUUAUUUAUCCAAGUGCGAACUCGUUGCCUGUUUUCUGCUCAGGCACUGAGAUGCCGACUGGAUGAAGAUGGAGAGAACACCUGCUCACCAAGGGCUCGGGGUGGGCUGGGAGGGAAGGUGUCAGGGGCCCUGAGGCUGUUGCUGGGAUUUUGUAUUUGCUGUUGUUUCUCUUCACCCUGCAGUUAUGUAAACCGCCCCCCCCACCCCAAACUCUCCCAUUACUUUCUCAUUCUCUGAA